CUAAUCGUGCGCGUGGCGUUUUUUCUUAUUCUCUGCUUACCUCAUAAUCUCAUCUCCCUUCAGCCGCGCCGGUGUCUGCAUCAAAAGACGGUGGGGGUGACGUGAAGGGAGCCUUGCACAAUAGCUGCACAGUCAUGGAUUUAUCGCGGUCCGCCGCUGCGGUGGAGGCAGAGUGGAGUGUUUGUUCGGUGUUUGCGAUUUGUGUUCGUAAAUGGUAAAGUCACUAGAACGACGACGCUGCUGACAGGCGACAGGGGCGACGGUCGUCAUAUGUUCUUUGGUUUGGCCCCCGCGCUUACCGUCUUACGCGAGAUUCUGCUGAUUGGUGGACGGGAAAAUGUUACGAUCAACAGCCGGGCAGGCACGAAAGAUGCAGUGAAUUAUUUUAUGAAUAUGUCGGCUACGUUGAUGGCGACCAUUAGGUCGUCCUGAGGCAUUUUGUGCUGCGGUUAUACAUACAUAGUUGCGAAGAAAGUGUCUUGCUUAAUCGAGUCGUUGCGUGCGUGCUGAAAACGAGGGAAGAUAAUCUGCAGACAGUGUGUUUUGCUAGCAAAAUGAAGUUAAUUUGAGAAGAGGUUGUAUCGGCUGUACGUGAAACCAGUUGUGUUUAGGAAAAAAUCUGCCAAAUCCAUCAAAAUACGCUCGUAUUUGUCACCCGCCGGUUUCAUGUGGGGGCGGCGAUAGGUUCGUGUGGGUACAGUGUGUCAGUGGUGCAGUGAGGGAGGACAGACAGACAAACGAAGAAAACAGAAAAUAUGCUGCGAGUGUAGAGAAGUGAGUACUAAGACAGAUUGAGAAUAAGUAACGUGAUUACGCGAGAGAGCGAGCGAGAGAGAGAGACUGGAGAAUAUCGGCGGGACCUAAAAUGUUCGCUUGAAGUGAAACUGAGACGGAGCGAUGGUUCCCACGUUGGGGUCUUUCUGAAGAGAGCGUGGAAUGUAAGCAGUUUUGUAAAACGGAUAAGUCGCAGUGCAGAAAAACUCCAGAAAUCAAGGCCCGCGAAAGUCAGUCAAACAUUCCAGUAUUCGAUAUUCCGUCUUGAAGUGUACGGUAGACAUUUCACGACCAUAGACGACAUCGUUUACCUUGGUAGUGUGGCAUAUAAACGGCGGACCCCUUGAUUGCUUUAUCACACUUAUGCAAAUUAGCUUGGAACGGUCGAAACGGGAAAAGAGUGUCGGAUUGGGCCUCAAAUUCCAACCCAUUUGAACAUAUGUUUUAGUGAUCGCAGCCGGAGCCGAUGUGGGAGCCCGCAGCUCUCGCAACCAGUCGACCAGUUCUUGCGGCUCUCGAUCGUUUUCUGCACCCACUUUUAUUGUUUUUGUUUUGCUUUCGUUUGCUCCCGUCGUCGAUCCGGUUUCCCCUUCAAAGUGUGAAUGGCGUUGGGUCGGGGUUGCGGUUGAAAUCGUGUUUUACACAUGCUUUGGACAUACGGCAGUGCCUCUUACGAAAUCUCACCAUCAACAGUCGCGCCAGCGAAUAAAGAAGCAGAAAUGUGCAGUGUAAGCAAAUAGUUGUUUGGAUCAAAACAAAAGGCCACAACGAAACGAAACGAAACGAGCGUGAAAAAAGCGGAAAAUAUGCCGAAAGGCGAUAAAAAGUAGAUCUUGCAGCGCAGGCAUAUAAACAACGUCGAUUGAGGAAGGAUUGCUAAAAUAAACAACGGAAAGCAAAACAAAACAAUACAUAAGCCAGGCAAAUAGUAAUGAUUUUCCGACUGUCAGGAGUGAGAAAUUCGUACGAAGAAAACUGAUCUCGAUCGUACGUACGGCUGAGGCUGUGUGUUUGUGCAAAAAGUGCUUCGUGCCAGUCGGCGGUAGUGAAUACGGGCGCGCGGCAAGAAGAUGCGGUGGGUGGCCUUCGCAGCGGCUCGAUUGUAUGGCAAAGUGAGAUAAGUUUCAACCAGUCUACCAGCAUCAGCAGCAGCACCACCACCACCAGGCAGUACCGAAAUUGGAUUAAUUUUCAACCGUGCGGUUUCUCGGUUCUCGCCGACUGGAGAAGCGCACUACUAUUGUAGGCCAGUGAAUGCCACAGAUUCACAGCCGGGCUCCCGAGCGGAACAGAUCACAUUGCAUGAACGCAUCCAGCAAAGAUUUAUGAAGCCAAUUUAGCAGGCGUCACUAGUACAACCGAAAACGAAACCGAAACGGGCGGAACGCAGGAAAAACGAACAACAAAUUUUCAACUCUUGCUUCCGGCACGGCACGGAGAAUGCAGCAGCGGGCUUGCUACUAGCUAGUUUACCCACUGUACCAUACUGCCACGGAACGUGGCAGCACCCGAGCCUGCCCAAUAUAGCAGCUGAAGCGUGCAGUGAGGUGUGAAACGGAAACUCAAGUGGAGUUAAGUGAAGUGGUAGAAGAGUGAUAGAGAGCGAGAGAGAGUGAGCCAGGAAAAUAAUUGCAGUGCUGAAAGUGAGAACAACGUGAAAAUUGCAUCGCAAGAACGCCGCUUGGCGGAAAAAUUCCCAUAAAAUCUGCCACGGAGACUGUGCACAGAAGAUCGGUGGUCACUCGCCACGUUAGCCAACCGCACCCGUGCACGUUUUACCUUCACCCAACCGGGCGGUCUAUGCGUGCUGAAUUACGAGCAGAGAUUGUGUCAGUUGUGUAAGCGGCAGUUUUUUUUUUUGCUUCCAUAGCAUAGAUGCAGUUCCAAAAGUCUGCCAGUGUGUCUUAUGAUCGCCGUUUGUUCCACUAAAGCGUUAGAUAAUUCCGGUGCCCGCGUUGAAAAUUAAAUAGAGUAAAAGAAGCCGAAAGUGAAACACAACAAAAGGCAAAAAGUGAAGAGUCUGGGAAAUUUCGAGAGCGUGGAAAAUUGGGUCUUGCGCGGGAAGUGCGACCGUAGGGAAGUUGAAAGUGAGAGGUCGGCUCGGUAUAAUUACGGUUAAGGCGCAAUGCAUUACGCUCGUUGGCCAAAUCGGUGCUUAGGCUGUUGGUGCGUUGGCGAAUCGACGAUAUAAUUACUGUAGCUGUUUAUGCUGAAGUUUAUGGAAAUGCUGCAUUUGUUCUGCUGUGCUGCGGUGUUGCGGUUCUUUUGAUUCAGAUUGACAGUCACGUUGUCAUCGAGUGUGAAACGAUGCUCCUGCAGCCUGGGCCUACGCUCAGUGCUGAUCAAAUCCAGCAGCAGCAGCCGCAACCGCAACCUUCGCCGCAACUGUCGAAUUCCCAGACAGCAACGGCGCAACCUUCGCCGCAGCAGUGUCUUCCGGUGAACCUGCUGUCCAGCCAGCAACCAUCCUCGCUAACGUCGUCCUCCAGUGCGUCCUCGACGCCACCGAUUCAGGAUGUCAGCCGCUAUCUGGAAAUGGCACAGGAAACCCUCAAGGAAGGAUGGACGGUGCACACAGCGAAAGAUGGGCGGCUUUAUUACUGCAACCACAUCACACGCACCGCAGGAUGGCUGCCACCAAUCGAGAACUGGAUACAAACGAUCGACCUGCCGUACGGCUGGGAAAAAGCGGUCGACCUGAAAGGGCAACCGUACUACAUCAACCAUCUCAACAAAACCACCACCUACGAGGAACCGGAACGGUAUCACUACAAUGACUCUCCGCCGGAACCGCGACUGGUGGUGCUCCAUCGGAGCCCCACGCUGGGCUUCGGUUUCGUGGCGGGGAGCGAAAAACCUGUGAUUGUUCGGUUCGUAACCGAAGGCGGACCUAGUGUAAAUAAGCUGGAACCCGGUGACCAAAUAUUAGCUGUAAACGGCGAGGACGUCAAGGACGCACCCCGCGACCAUGUGAUACAAUUAGUUAGAAAUUGCGAAAAUACCGUCACGCUGCUGGUCUGCCAGCCGCAGCUGUACAACGCCGUCGGCCGGAAGUCCACGCUGCUGUCGGCCGGCAAGAAGGCCAAGCUGAAAUCACGCCCCAUCCGUGUGCGGUUCGCCGAGAGCGUGUGCGUCAAUGGGGCACCACUGUUUCCGCCAUCUGCAUUCUCCCUGGGAGAUCUCUGCGUGCCACCAAUGGCGAACGUGCUCAAAGUUUUCCUGGAAAACGGACAAACCAAAUCGUUCAAGUACGAUUCGACCACAACUGUACAGGAUGUUGUUACAUCGCUACGUGAUAAACUAUGCCUAACCGCCAAGGAGCACUUCAGCCUGGUACUGGAGCACGUGAAAAGCCUGAAACGGAACAAAUUAACCCUUCUGGAUCCGCAGGAAACCGUUGCGAGGAUUGCAGCCCGGCCGGGUGCCCACAAGCUGCGGUGCCUCUUUCGGGUGACCUUCGUGCCCGUGUCGGCCGCCGCCCUGGCCCAGAAGGACCUGAACGCGCUGGACUAUCUGUUUCUGCAGUGCUGCAACGAUGUGACCCAGGAACGGUUCGCCCCGGAACUGCAACCGGAAGUGGCCCUUCGACUGGCUGCGCUGCACAUGCACCAGCACGCGCUCGCAAACAACAUUUCCCCCGCUAAGUUGACAGUGAAAACUGUUGAACGAGAGUUUGGACUGGAUCGCUUUGUGCCUGCCUCCUUGAUUGACGGAAUGAAACGCAAGGAGCUUCGACGCCUUCUGGGGCACUUCCUAAAGUUGAAUUCUCAGAUGACGGGUUCCUCGACCAAGAUGCUAACGCAACUACAGGCGAAAAUCCAUUAUCUGGAUAUUAUUUCCGGGCUGCCGAGCUACGGUGCGAAAUGCUUCAGCACGAAUCAGCGAGACGGUGUGGAACGGGUCCUGCUAGUUAGUCCUCGCUUCGGCCUUAGCCAGAUUGCUGGCGUGCGGAACACGGUGCCACAGCCAAUCUGCAUCCUAGAGGACCUUUCUCGUGUCGUGGUGACCCGCGACGAUGACGUAUCCAACACGGUAACCGUGUUCAUCAACCCAGACCGGGUGAUCACCUUUUCGAUGGAGGAUCGUGACGCUUGCGAAUUCGCCAUUGUUCUGGCUGGUUACUAUCGACUAAUGGCCGGUAAGGAGCUUCCCCUGGAGCAGGAACGGGAAACUGCAGUCGAGGAAAUUGCGCCACCUUAUCUGUCGCAGCACACAGUCCUUCAUGCCUCCUGGAGUUAUCUUCCAUCCGAGAAGCAAACCCACAGUAUGGCGUUCCUGAUGCCACCGCCAUACCACUCGAGCAAAACGGUGCAGAUUCCUUCGAAAUCGGACGAUUGCGAUCGGAAUAUGAACAACUCGUUGACGUCGAAUAAGAACCUCCGGUUGACCGGCAGCGAUGAGUAUGGGUUCGAUAUGUUUAAUCCUCGCUUCUCUAGAGAUGGUCUGGAGCGAGGAAUUGGUGGAUCUCUCAAGCAUAACACAUCGGAAGCGCGGAAUGAGGAGGUUCUUAGAAGGGUAGCAGAAAUGCACAAAAUGGUAGAAAGCUCCGAGCGCUAUCUGAACGAGCACGGUGAAUACUGUCACGAGUUUGACGUGCGACCCGGCAAGUUGAACCUCUGGCGAGAGACAUCCGUCGACGUGGAAAGCGAUUGCGAAAGCUUGAACAGUAGCAAGCAAUCUUCGAAUGAAGAUGCCCCAGGCAUCUUAAAGCACAGCGACUCUCUAACCCUGCUUACCGAAACUAUCAAUCAAGGACUUGAUGGAAUUGCCAAAGGAUUGAACUCAAUAUAUACGGCUCCUUUCAGUGAAGUAAACGGACAGCUGGAUAAUAAUUCGGCACAGAGCACGCCUAAAAGUCAACGGAAAGUUCAAGGACUUAGUCAAAUUCUAAGCGAUCUGCAAGCAUUAGGAAAUGACUUAUCUCAAAGUGAGAGCGACUCGGAAUCUUUAUAUACUCCGAAUAGUUCACCGAUCCAUAAAAACCCUAGCCAAUUGCCUCAGAGUAACCUAAGGAACAAGACUUUGCGCACGAGUUUCGGACUGCACAGUCCCGACAGCUCGAUUCUUGGUUGUGAUUCAAAAGAUAUGAACCUGAAAGAAUAUCUUCGACAGCUGAAGGAAGCUAGUAACAGUGACAACGUGGAGAACACAGAUCUUGCUGCGAAGAAGAUUGCCGAACUUUAUGGGUACGAAAUAGGAGACGAGUCCAUUAUCGAAACAGAUCCCGACAUAAUAGAUCUCCGAUCAAUACCGCCGCCUCAAACUCCGGACGAAUUGGACAACCUAAACGUCCUAAAUGUGCCACCUACAGGAUUCGACGAUGGAACGAAUGCAGUCGAUGCAGCCAGUACGGAGAAUGCGUCCGCCGUCGAUAAUGUAGUUGGCGAUUUGGAGGAAUUCUUGAAAAAGGUAACAAUAGAGCCCCCAACUAAAAAGAUCACACCUGCCGUAGAACUGACCCCAGAGGAAAUUCUGUCGUACAUUAUCCCCCCUCCGCCGGGAUUAGGCGAUGUCGACCCAGGCACAAAGCAACCCAUACCACUAGCACUGAAAAACAACCUCCCUAGUGUCCAGAAUCCAGCCAACAACAACAGCACCAAUACUAAGAAUCUCAACCAAACUACGGCGUUUGAGCUGCCAGUACCGAAGCCGAGAAUCAGCACCGAAACGAACUCGAUCAAUCUACUAGCCAAGUAUGACAAAUCUCGGUUCGAGGUCUAUUAUCCACCCGAGUUGCGAGAACAAAAGACUUCCGAAUAUGACCUAUAUAGUAAUUCAGCAGCGGCAAACGCUAAUGAAUGCGAAAAAGCCAACGGCCAUGUCAUCGAGUACUCAACGGUAGAUAGAAAAGGACCAUUUUCAUGUUGUUCAAAAUCAAAGAAAGAGAAGACUGAUGAACCGACGACCGGCGGACCAGUAUCCAACGGUAUAAAACUUUUCGAAGCAAAAGCCGAAGAGCUAGCCCUUCCACCAAAGCGUUGCCCGCACGUCACCGAAGCAAAUCCUCCCGAACGUCCACCCAAAAGCGUCGACCUGCAGCUGAAGCUCCACUCUCCGCUUCGUUCUCCCAACUACGCUAAAACGAACGGAAAUACCGGAAGCUACUACGAAAUGGACCCUCCUUCGCUUCCACCUCGAUUCGAGAAACAAUCGAACUCUCCGCCACCGGUAAAUCUUUCCACAUUACCACCAAAAAAACCUCCCCUACCUCCGGUCCCGUUGAAACCCUGCAUACGUAGUCCCGUUCCGAUUCUCAAGAAUCCCGUGUCGUACGCACUAUCCAGUUCUGCCAAUAAUUCACCGAUCAGAACGGCCGGUAUUGGUUCGCCGCAUUUACACCGUAAUCCAAACUGUUAUAGGGAAAUUGAACGAGCUUUCAACCGAGAUGAACUGACCGACAAACCUCCGCAGUCACUGUCACCAACCCCUAUGAACCGUCAAAACGGACACUAUCGUUCGCACAGCGACUGUCCACCAGUCUGUCUGAAAACUCCUCCAAUGGAAAACCGACCGCAGCUGUCACUUCUCUGCUCACCGCAGAUGUCGCGCAAGACAACGCUCAGCAAUCCAAGUAGUCCUAUCCUGGCGAAUAAAAACGGUCACAUUCUGAACGUCGAUACGCUGAUGGCAAAGACGGACGUUGCCAUGGCCGGUUUGCUGGUCAAACUAGAUCAGGUGGCAGCCAUGUGUUCUGCCGCCCAAACGGCCGGCGGAGGCACUAGCAUCGACGAAGACAAAUUUCAGCAAGCCAAAGACGAGCUAACCGACCAGUCGCUCCACCUGGUGACGGCUUCCAAACACCUGGUGGUAUCGAUGUCCGAUACCAAUCUGACCAACCUGCCGGAGCAUCUCACGGCAUGCCUUUCGUCGUUGCGCCGAAUUACCGAGCUGGCGCAAGAUUUGACCCGGUACACCUCGGCUCCGCUGCAAACGCGAAACAUCGUACUGAAGAUCCACGAUGUGGCAUCGAGCUUCCGGGAGCUGGCGUGCGUCCGAGUUGGCCCGCUAGGGGCCGGUCAGCUGGCCCUGCAUGCCGAGUGCUUGGCGAACGUGCUGGCCACACUGCUGCGCAGUUUGCGCGUUUUCUCCCCCUAGGGAUGCGGGAUGGGCGCUUGCUGCGGGUGUAAAUAGAAUUGUUAUGAAAGUUGUUUUUCUUUUUCCUGUGCGAUUUCGACAGCAGGAGUUAGGUUAAUUGUUACUAUUAUAUUUUAGUGAAUCUGAAGAUAAGUUUAAUCUGCGUUAGUGCGUUGGUAGUUUUGCGAUUGUUAUUUAUUGAGACAUCGUUAUGUGUUGGCAGUAUGCCAACCACAUGAGGUACAUUUUGAAGGACAUUUGUGCUUUUGGCCCAGAGACGAUUCGGUAAGACCUGCAGUCUAAAUUUUCACUUUGACAACUUCAAAUUUUUUUGUUUACUCUAGAGUUGGAUUACGAUGGGAGAUAUGCCCUUUUGUUGAUUCUAUCUUCAAUAUCAUUUUGAGCAUAACAACUGCUAAUAAUAUACAAAAAUACAAUAGUGACAACUUCGACCUCAAAAGAACUGUAUGUUCCUUAGAUAACUAAUAUCGCUGGCAUCAUUGAAUUUUAAUAAUUUAUGUCUGAUUGGUAAAUAAUCUCGAACUUUCAUGUGUUUGAGAGUUCUGACUAAUUCAAGAAUACACUUUACUUUAGCAGCGGCGGUCCUCUAACGGAUUUCACGGGACAGUAGUCCGGCAUACUUGCGAUGUGGCCGCCCCACCGUAGUCUUCCAACGUUCUCCUGGUUUACGAUGGGAAUCUUUCCAAGUAGUGCCUGAAGCUCGUGGUUCAUACGCCUACGCCACUCUCCGCUAUCCGUUUGUACUCCGCCAGAAAUCGUUCGCAACAUCCUUCGUUCAAAUACGCCAAGCGCACGUAUGGCUUUCGUAAGCCCGUUCCCGUGCAAAUCUUAUGGGAGAGUUUGCUCUAACUCUUUUAUUCAUACGGUCUAUUGUCUCAAAUAAGUAGAGGACUGCCGGUCUGAUUAGCAUUAGGUACAUCGUCAGCGUUGUGCGGCAGCCUAUGCUCCUUGAUCGACUUCAAGCUGGAAUGCGUCGUUGAAUCUCCUUACACGUAUUAUUAUCGACGGUGACCAGAGAUUCCAAAUAUAUGAUCUCAUCAACCACUUUCAGCACAUCGCCGUCUAUUGUCAGCUGUCCGUUCCUACCAUAUAUUUGGAUUUCGAUACAUUGAUUUGUAACCCAACCCUCCUAGUCUCCGUUUUUAGUCUGACGUAGAUUGCAUCUGCUGUCCCAAGGUUUCUAGUAACGAAACCGAGGUCGCCUCCGAAGGCUAGGAGUUGGCUAAUUUUGCCAAUUUUUCCCUCUCGUUUCGAUGCCCGUUCGCCGGAUCACACCUUCAAUGGUGAUGUUGAAUAACAUACAGAACAGUUCAUCCGCUCGCCUUUGCGCGAUUCAAAAGGAUUCGAGAGUGCCCACAAGAGACAGACAGUUUAUCCGGCUUGCCUUGCAGCAUCCACGCUUUCCUAGUUCUACUGACUGUUGAUACUUAUUUUUUUUAGAGUGGACCCAAGGGGUCAUUCACCAAUACUGUUAUUACUUUUCCUUAGCCCUCGCAUCGACUCACCGGGUUGAUACCGAAUGGCCGAAUAACAAAUAGCCGAACAUCUGUCACAGAAGGCCGGAAUUGAAUUCGCCGAAAACUAUUUUUUCGAAUAAUAUGGGUAAAAAUAAUGUUUUUGAGGUCAAUGCAAAGCUGCUCAAGCUAUCAUCAAAAAAAUAAAGAUAGUUUCAUGCGUUUUAGAAAAAUACCAAACAAUAAGGACAAAAACGCAUUUCGUAAAAUACUGGCAGCUUAGUCUCUAAACAACCAAACGCACACGCUCUGCGCCUUAUUUUUUUAUUUUGGUAAUAAUUUGUAAUAUUACUGUAUAGAUCGAUACAUACUUCUUUCUUUCUCUUAAACGCAAAUGAGUUACGCUCAUUAUAAGGUGCGAGACUUGUUUUCUGUGUCAGUAACUAACGUUUUCUCAAUGAAUCAUAGCAGCCUCCACAGAAAUCACCUCUAUUUAGGUGCAUGCCUUUUCCUAAGUUUACUGACUAUUUAGUAGGGUUUAAGCCUUAGUUGAGUCCGACCGUAAAUUAAAAGCCGCAAAUAUAUUCUAUGACAUUCUGCCAAGUGUGUUUCGGCCAUUUAUGAUUAGGUUAUUAGUUCUACUGCGUCAUUUGUUAUUUCGUCUAUUUGUGUUUCGGUUUUUCAACUGAGAUGAUUGGACCACUUGGGCUCGUUAACGGCAAGUCACCACACGUCCGGUAUGCCUAUCAUACAGUAUGGGGUACAUUUGUUCCCGUGCAUUAUCUGCCAUAGCUGUUCGGGCUCGACUGUAUCGUAUGCUGCCCUGAAAUCCACAAAAAUAUGAUGCGUAGGCACAUUGUACUCCUGAAAUUUCUGAAGGAUUUAUCGGAGAGUGAAAAUUUGAUCCGUAGUACUAAAGUUUUUGGAUCCGUAGUAGCACGGGCUCCCAUAAAAACCAGAUACUGCCCUACGAAUUCUCUUGCUAUUGGGAAUAGACGACGUAACAAAAUCUUGGAGAAAACCUUGUAUGCGGCAUUACCCACCGUAAAGCCGCGUUAGUUACAGUAAUCUAGCCGAUCGCCAUUUUGUAGAUGGGACAGACUACACCUUCCGUCCAGUUCUUCAGUAGCUUCUCCUCCUCCCACAUCUUUGAAAUUAUCCAGUGAAGUACCAUUGCUAGGCUAGCAGUUCUUGACGAUUUUUUGUACUAUCAGGAGUCGGUCCUUUCCGAUGGCUCUAUUAUUCUUCAGCGGAUUGAUUUUUCGCCGGAUCUCUUCGAGAUCAGGCAUGCUGUUAUCGUUUGUAGGUACUCCUAGGUUAACAUCCGUUCCGUCUCCUUCUGUUAUAUCACCAUCGAGGUGCUCAUCGAAAAAUUGCUUCCACCUGACGACCACCUCACGCUCGUUUGUGAUUACAACCGCUCCCUUGUCCCUACAUAUGUCAGGUUUAGGUGGUAGCACUUGACCUUAUCGUUAUCUGGAAAGUGUUCGAGAAAGUGUUAUGAUUUCAUAUCGGGUAUCUGGCGAUUUUAUAUCUGAUGUCUGGAUGUCUUAAUGUAGCCGUCUGUUGCUAACUUGCGAUUAGCUGCUUUACCGUUUUUGGUCACGAAUUUAUUGGAUGAGAUCCUCCGUUUGAGAUUCACCAAAGUGUGAGGGUUGACAAUGUUCGCUACAAAACGUUUAUCUCUAUCUGUCCAUCUCUUCCAGUGAUGUCUUGGCAUAAUGUGCUGAGACCAGGUCCGACCGAAAGACUACACCCUCUUCCACGUGAUAUUUCUUGAUGAAGACGGCAACUUCCGGCGGGCACUUCGUACUGCAUAUCUUCCCGUUCACCGCAAGGUCCGAAGGAAACAACAGCGGCUUGGGCAUUCCGUCAGUCACACAAGGGCCCUCUUCGGGAACUUGGUGUGGGAGAUAUAUUUGACUUCAUCGCUUACAUCCUUGGUGGGGGAUGUAAAGAACCCGGUCCCCUGACAGUCGUCCAUCCUAUGAUAGUUGGUGUCGUCAUUUGUUAUGAUCAAGACGUCGCGCUUCGGCGGGAAGAUAUUUUUCACCACCACCUUCGGCCGCUCGGGUGAUUGCUUACUGCUCAGACACGGCCGGUCUCGACUGACGCUUCCGCAUAAAAAUGUCCAUUUUGGUUAGGUACCAAGACGCGGUUUAAUAUACAGAACGAUGAGGCCACCUUGCUCUCGGCCUUCCUUUUCAGCUUACUUACUUACUUGUCCUGGUGCGUUGUUGUUGUUUGUUCCGCCAACAAACUCGGUCCUUGGCUGUCCGUCUUCAGAGGCCCUAUUUUCACAGUCACCUCACCUCACCUCACUUCUCUCACCCGUACUAUUCUCACAGUCACCCUCACCUAACCUUACAGGCCCCAUUUGAGAUUUGUACAGUCACAAGUGAGCGAAGUCAAUUAAGUGACUCUGAGAAUCGCAAAUUGUGAUCUCACCUAAAAAAUUUAGGUGAGGUGACUGUGAGAAUAGGGCCCCAGUUUUUCGAAUGGCCCUCACUUUCCAGGUCUUCCUCCACUUGGUCGAACCAUCGAGCACGCUGCGCAUCACUACGCCAAACAGCUGUGCUAGCUCGUGGCUAAUCCUUCACCUUUAUACACCGUUCUAAUAUAUACCACCAAAAAGGGUAUUUAGCACAUGACAUUCAAAAACGGCCAGUGCUUUCAAGCCCCCUUCAAGCAUUGUCCACGUUUCGUGCCCGUUGAGAAAUACCAGUCUGAUUAGCGUUUUGUACAUGGUACAUUUGGUGCGGGAAUGAAGCUUACCAGACUUGAGGUCUUGAGGUAGUAAGCACGAUUCCAGCAAGAAUACGUCUACGUAUUUCUCUGCUGCAGUUGUUAUACGACGUCAUCAACGACCCGAGGUAUUCAAAUUCGUCUACCACCUCGAACUCGUCCCCGUCGACUACCACACUUUCACUUUCACGUUUCAGCUUAGUAUAUUGCUCAGCAACCUCCUGGUACUUCCUUCCGACAAUGUCCACGUCGUCAACGAAACAAAUAAAUUGGCUAGAUUUAUUGAUAGUCGUGCCCCGCAUGUUAAGAUCCUCACGUUUUAUAACACCUUCUAGCGCGAUGAUGAACAGCAAAUAGCAUCGUCUAGUCGAAGUUCCCUGCGUGUUUCAAACGUCACCCGAUAUCUUCACACAGCACUGCACACCAUCUAUCGUGGCCUUAAUUAGUAUUGCCGGCUUCCCGGGAAAGCCGUUCUCGUCCAUAACUUUCACGGUCGACAGUAUCGCAGGCAGCUUUGAAAUCUGUGAAUAGGUAGUUCGUAGGGACUUUUCGCCGUACUGAUGUAGUCAUUACCCCAGCUGUCUUGGUAUUCCGUUUCCGCGCCAUUCUGCUGGGUUUGCUGCCUUUAUUUCUGUCUAUAUCGUUUCAUGGUUUGACGGCGCCUCUGCUGCAGCAUCAACGCCUGUGCUGCUUUCUUCUCGUCUAACAUCCUCUGACAUUCCUUAUCGAACCAGUCGUUACGUGGACUCCUUUUAGCGAACCCAAUGGCUGGCAGCAAAGCCGCAAGGCAUUCCGCGUACUUAGUAGCGACUUCAAGAGAUCAUACCGUGGUGGGCGACGGUACCGAAUGUUGGUAACAACGGAAAGUCUUUGGCGUAUUUUAACCAUCAAAAGUUAAUGGUCAGAAUCGAUGUUUGCGCCACGAUAGGUUCUAACGUCGAUUAUGACCUUCCAACGAACAAAACGUGAUCGAUUUGCGAGUCCGUCCGUUGUGGUGAUCUCCAGAUGUACCGAUAUGGAAGGCUGGGCCGUGCUUGUGAGAAACGUGCUGCUCGAGCCAAAGAUGCUGAUAAGUACUUCGUAUGGCCAUAUUUUUGGCCAUUAGUUCGCAAGCGAGUGUGCGCUGAACUUUUCAAUAACUGGUUUGAAUUCCUCCUCCUGACCAAUCUGAGCGUUAUACUUGCUAGUAUAACUCAUGCAGCGCUACAAGUCGAACUUGCGGGACCUCGACAAAUUGAGGGACUUGCAGUUCCCUGCUUCCAAUCAUUAGUCCUUUUUCGUUGCCUUGAUCUAUGCCGAUUGUUCUCGUCCUAAUGUAAAUACGCUUCCUAAUGUAAAUAUGCUUCCUGUAUUGGUAUUUUUUACGGAUGACUUGUAAGACCUGCACCAACUCCCUGUGUCGCCGGAGGACGAGAGAUCGGUGUUGCUGGUUAAGAGGCUGAGAACCACUAUGGGGGUUAUUUUAUCCAGCUAUUUACCAACCUCCUCUUUAACUUCUGCGGUACUUUACGAAACCAGACUUCCUUUCGACGCACUGGUGGACACGAAGUGCCUCACAAUGUCCACGAUGGCAGAAUUUCAUACUCACCGUGCCACUUGGGCAGCUGUCGAUAUCUUUUGACUCUUGCAAACCUUCUAAUUUUCAGUCAAACCGUGCACCCAUUGUUUUUCAUAUGCAAUUAUUCGAGGGUCGUUUUUCAAAAUAUUCUUCAUGCUUGACUGCGAAAUUUCCAGUUCUUUGGCCAUUUUACGUCCAGACUGAUUUGGUUUCCGUCGAAUUCGCUCUCUAACUCGUUUAAUGGCUUCCGGUGUCCUUACAGUGCGUUUACAGUGGCAGGGUUUGGGGAGUAUUUUCCAAGAACCGAUUCCCUUGUAUCGCUUGACGGUAUAAAAGACGAAACUUUCUUUUAUUUCGAGUGGCAUCAGCUUCUUUGAAAUAUCAUACGGUCGAAUUUUUUUUAAAAACAGACUUAUCACAAGUUCCCUUUUUGCGUCCAUGAUUACCACGACUCUUUAAUGAAUGAAAAUUGCGACACAGCGUUGCACGCGUCAAACUUUUCACUGACGAUAAGUACGGCGUCGUCGGCGAAAGCAAUGGUCUCAUAACUCAGCUGUGAUAGCUUGUGAAGGAGUGCGUCGGCCACCAAAGACCGGAGGAAGGGGAGAGAGCUUUGAUGACCGAAAUCGAGACCAACGUAUCUACCAGUGAUACUGUGAUUUCUCUGCUCGAAAGCAUUGCUCGAAUCCAGCUCAUUGUAGUGCGGUCGAUUCCCUUUUGACAGAGAGCCGUAUUAAUUAAUACGAAGAACGUGUUAUCGAAAGCACCUUCAAUAUCUAGAAAAGCACAAAGUGCCGUCUGGUAACAUUUUUGCGAUUUCUCAAUUAACGUCCCUAAGUAGUGCAAUGCGGUUUCCGUAGAUUUAUUGUGUUGGUUUCUAUGCAACGGAGUUUUUUUUAACUCAUUGCGGAUAUAGUUAUCCGUGUUUUUUUUUUCAUCAGCUUAAGAAGUGUUGAAGUCAGACUUAUCGGUCUGAAAAGCCUGAAAGGCAUGGUUUUGUUUUUUUACCAGCCUUAGGUAUGAAUACAACCUUUAUUUUCCGGCCAAUUCUUCGGGAUAUGUCCCAAAACUUUUUGUAAUGA